CACAUUAAGUUGCUUAUAUAUCGGAAGGAGAAGGUACGAAACCAAACGCCACAGAAACCGCAAGAGAGCAAAACUUAAAAGAGAAGAAGAAGAAGAAGCAACGGGAGGAGGUAGCCGAAGAAGAAUAAUCAAAAUACACUCAAAUGCUUGCAUUUAUCAUCUUAUUUUGAGAAAACAUAUAAUUCUCCUACCCUUCGGCUUUCGAACCACUAUUUCGGUUGGUUCACGUCGCUUGGUCAAGAGAAUGAAUCCGUUUAACCUAGCCUCCACAAGCUCACCUCCUCCUGUUGCUAAUCAUCUCUCGGCGAAGCGAAAGAGAGGCCGUCCACGUAAAGAUGCAACCAUGACUCAACAAAAAAGAUCUCCAGGGAGUCCAAAGGAGGAUGUUAAUCUGGUUGGUAAGACGGUUUCUGGUGUGGUCGAAAGAUCUUGCGAGGCGGGGUUCAUCAUCAAUGUUAAGGUGAAAGACAGUGACACGAGACUGCGAGGUCUUGUGUUCUCACGGGGGAAAGUCGUUCCUGUGACUCCAGAAAACGACGUGGCUCCUCAUGUCAAAAUGAUCGUAAGAGAAGAAAUCAAGAACCAGACUGAAUAUCGUGAUCAAUCUUGUCCUCCUAAUGAUCAGACAAUGAAAGAUGCUGUCACUGACUUGGAGACUGAAUGUGCUAGAGCUUUGAUUCUACUACCACAUGGAAUAAAUGGAGAGGACCCCAAGGAAGUUAUGGAAGAAAGAGAAGCUGCUACUCGUUUGGUGGAGUUUUUUCAAACUCCAGAAACGACCAAAAUGACUUCUCAACAGAACCUUGUCUUGGCACGGAAAGAGACCAACGAGCAUCAGAAAUCUCCUGGUGAGGCUCGUGGGUUUGAUCUAAUGGCGGAGGAACCGGUUCAUCCGGUAAAGGAAGUACCGCAGGAGCUUCAGCUAGAACUUGGGAACAAGACAAUAUGGAGGGGAGACAGCAACAAAAAUGGCACCGCAAUGGAGAUAGAUCCUGAAAGCUCUGUGCCUAGGAAUGGCUUUAUAGCGAAGUUGUUAAAAGGAAAAGAAAAGGUCGACUGUUAGUGCAGUAGUUUAAAACCUCUUCCUAUUCGGUUGUUUUAUAUUUCAGACUCUCCAAUAUAUUUCUGCUCUCUUUUGUUUUCAGUACUUUGUAUUUUCAGACUUCAGUGUUUGUUGUAAAACCAUUUCUUCUUCUGGUUAUAAAAACACUUGUUUCUUUUAAGUUUAGGUUAGUCCCACAAACCAUUUUUUUAAAAACACUCUACUCUUAACCGUUUUGACCGUCAAAUUAUACUCUGCCUUCUUCUAGAAUUCAAUUUUAUCUGAAUAGAGCUACACAAAAAAUAACGUUGGAUGAAGCAUAAGAUAACUAAACACGAUGAUGUUGAAGAAAUCGAAGGUAUGAUGUUCUAGACCUAGAACUAUAUCCUUUUAAAACAAGGUUUACAUGACAGAAAAAGAUCACAGAUAUGAAAACAACUUCUGUGCUAACGACGAAUUUGUUUAGUGUCUAAAACCCAUGUAUCACUAGUUUAAACCUCGUUUUCAAAAGAUGCAGAUGUGGUAUAGUGGCUAAAACCCACCAGCACAUGCUUACUGAUCUAUUACUUCCUACUGAUUUAAAAAAAAAAACAUUUGAUAAACCACUAAACCCCACAGAAAUUGCGUGUAAAUUAAUCAGUUAAAUUGAGGUACUUGAGUAAGAUUAACACUGAGAUGGGUCCUGCAGUUUCUUUCUUCUGUUCCCUCCCGUCUUUGAAAUUUUGAGUUCAAUAAAUAUAUAAAAUAUCUAGUCUAUCUGCAACUUGCGAGGUUGAACCAAAUGAGUGGCUAAAAAUAUUUGAAUGCAAAACAAAUUUUUAAUUAUUAUUGACAAGUAAUACUAACCACUAAAAUAAUACUAGAAAGAAACUAAAAUAAUUAUUUUUAAGAAACCAUGUUAUUAGUUAGUGGUCAGUGACUCUAAUACUUUUAUUAUCCAAUCAAAUGCGCCUUAUCAAAACUUCAUAGUACAAGCAUUUUAGCAAGUAUUUAUUUUCCAAAAAUAUAUAUAAAAAAAUCACACUUCACUUCAGUCGACAAACUAUUGCUUUUCUCUCUUUCUAAUAAUAUCGUUUUUUCAGUGUUUUUAUUUAAUUUUCCUUUAUGAUCGACUUUUCAAGGCAGACAACAAGUUGCUCAACUAGUUCAAGUGGUGGCAUCUGUUUAGUAUAAAUAGGAACCAAAAUUCAAAACUAACCAAUUCACAAGAAAAGUAAAUGGACUCUCAGACAAUUCAACCGACACCAUGGGAAUGUGUUCAAUCUUCUCAGUCUCUAAGUAACAACCAAACUCCUCAAGAGAAUCGUAUCCGUUGGUCUCAGUCUCCAGAUUCUCACACUUUCUCUGUUGAUCUUCCUGGUAAUAAACCUACAGCAUAUAUUCAUUACAAACUUUGCAUAUUUAUCAUUUUUGCACAUGUGUUGUGUUUUUCUUUUUCUUAAUUAGGUUUGAGGAAGGAAGAUAUAAAAGUGGAGAUCGAAGAUUCAAUAUACUUAAUCAUACGAACGAAAACGACAGAGAUAUCGCAGGUUAGAAGUUUAAAGAGGAAAUUCCGGUUACCGGAAUCGAUAGAUAUGAUCGGAAUAUCAGCUAAUUAUGAAGACGGUGUGUUGACUGUGAUUGUACCAAAGAGGGUUUUGCUAAGGAGAAGUUUCUUCAUUGAUCCUUCUGAUGUUCCCCAAAGUCUUCACGUUCUUGCCAGAGCUGCUUAAAACAAGCUUUGUUUUUCCUUUUAAUCUUUGCUUUUCAAAGUCUGUUUUUUACUAGUAUACUCUUUUUAUUGCUACUUAACCGUUAUGUGCAGUUUUAUAUAUCAAUAAAAAUCCUAAGUUUGUUACA